UUACCUGUUUGUGUCCCAUAGGUCUGAUCCACAAGAGCCGCUCCUGAAGGAGGAAGUGACUGUGGUUUGAGAAGCUCCACUGCUGUUCCUGUGGGGAGAGCUUUGUGCCUGGGUAGCGAGGGCUGGGGCAUCAGGAGGAUGAUGGAUCGCUAUAAGAUCCCACGCACCAAAGAGCUGGAGUUUGGAGGGCCCCUGGGAGCCGUGAUCCUCAUCUUUCUCAUGCCAGCUACUGUCUUCUAUCUCCUGCUGACAUGUGGCACAGAGCAAGCCAGUGUGCUGAACUUCCCGCCUCCACUUCCACCCCUGAGCACCCUCUGGAACCCCCACACCUUCCUGUUGCUCCUGGCUUGGGUCGGGCUGCAGGCUGCCCUCUACAUGCUGCCUAUGGGGAAGGUCACAGAAGGGAUCGUCCUUCGAGACAAGAGGCGGCUCCAGUAUCGUAUCAAUGCUUUCCAUGCGAUGGGCGUCACAGCCCUCGUGGUGGGGGCUGGACUGGCAGCCGGACUCCGCCUCAGCUACAUCUAUGACCACUUCCUGCAGUUGGCUUUCUCGGCCUUGCUGCUGGCCUUUGGCCUCAGCUUCCUCCUCUAUUUCAAGUCCCUCUUUGCUCCAGAGACAGCACUGGCACCUGGUGGGAACUCAGGGAACCCCAUAUAUGACUUCUUCAUGGGCCACGAGCUGAACCCUCGCGUCGGCUCCUUCGACCUGAAGUAUUUCUGCGAGUUGCGUCCAGGCCUCCUGGGCUGGGCACUGGUGAACAUGGCCAUGCUGGUGAAAGAAACUGAGCUGCGAGGCAGCCCCUCGCUGGCCAUGCUCUUGGUCAAUGCCUUCCAGCUGCUCUAUGUGGUGGAUGCACUGUGGAAUGAGGAGGCCAUCCUCACCACCAUGGACAUUGUGCAUGAUGGGUUUGGCUUCAUGUUGGCCUUUGGGGACCUUGCCUGGGUGCCCUUCACCUACAGCCUCCAGGCCUAUUUCCUGGUCAACCACCCCCAGAAGCUGAGCCUGCCCAUGGCUGUCGGGAUCCUCUUGUUGAAUGGUCUGGGCUACUGCAUCUUCCGCAGCGCCAAUUCCCAGAAGAACACUUUCCGCAGGAACCCCAAUGACCCCAGAGUAGCUGGUCUCAAAACCAUCCCCACAGCCACAGGCCGGCGGCUCCUGGUGUCUGGCUGGUGGGGGUUUGUGCGCCACCCUAACUACUUGGGGGAUCUCAUCAUGGCUCUGGCUUGGUCACUGCCCUGUGGCCUUACACAUGUCCUGCCCUACUUCUACGUCAUCUACUUCACCAUGCUGCUGAUUCACCGGGAGGCCCGGGACGAGCACCAGUGCCUGCGGAAGUACGGGCUGGCCUGGCAGGAGUACUGCCGGCGAGUUCCCUACAGGAUCUUCCCUUACCUUUAUUGAGAUGUGGCCCAGCACUGACUGCUCCAUGCAGACUCAGGCCUGACAACUCACAUCUGCCCGACAUUGCCCCAAAGGCUGGUGGGACACUAGCCUCUGUCCUAAUCACUGGAGCACGCUGUCAUCCCCUACCACAUCUGUGCUAUGACACGUCCUCGCUGAGCCAGUCCCCAAAGAGGAUUAAGUCCAUCCCACUGGAAAUACAGGAAUUUUCCCUCCAGUGUGUUAUUCCAUGGAGCUAUGCACUGUCUAGCUUUAAGUGGUUUGAACAAUGCUGCUCGCAACCGGCCCCUGCGGGAGAGAAGAUCAUCCCGUGAUGAGGCUUUUUUCUUUGUUAUGGAAUAAAUCCAGCCCCCAGGGCAAGUGGGGAGACUUCCACCUUCUGAACAUCCACAGUUGAAGUCGCUUUGAUCUGCUGUGCCCCAAACACCCUCAGCCCUACUGUACACUAAUGGCUGCUUAUCCCUGGUGCGCAAAGGCAGUUUGGGGCUGCACCGAGCUUUGCCAGUGAAGGCUGAAGAGGAACUGUGACCAAAUCGAGGCAAGUGGCGCGGUGCCUAGGAGACAAGAUGCUGCCUUCAUGGCAGUUUCCCACUUGGAACUGUAGAUUUGUUUGUGGGACCGCAUCAAUUCACAGAAAGUGGAUGGCUCACAGAGGCUGAACUCCUAUGUCUCUGUGACCUUCAAGAGGCUCUCAGCAGCUGCCAGUCAACCCACCUUGUGCCAGUACUGCAAUAGAAAGCCAUUGUGCCACAGAGUGGGUGCAGAAAUAGAACAGACUCAAAGUGCUUUGCAAGCUGCUGUGUGUGAUCAGCAGGUGAUGGUUCUCUCCCCAUCCUGGAGUCUAGAGAGACCUACACGAAGUUGUCCGUGCUCCCCACAGUUCACACUAGAUCAGUGGUUCCCAAGUUUUUUACCUCACACUCCCCCUUACCUCUGUCUACCACCCCACCUAAGGCUGGGAGCAAGGACACGGCUCUAGGAGGGGGGGAUGUAGACAAGGGUAUGAGGGCUGAGGCUGGAGCCAGAGCUGAGAGCCAGGCCAGGAGCAGAGUGUUGACCAGGAGCCUUGGCUGGUGGCCAGGGCCCCAGGCACAGGAAGAUGGUGGCCAGAAUCCUAGGCAUGGGGAGCCAGGGCCAGCAGCCAGGGCAGAACUGGGUGGUACUCCCUCCCUACCCCCAUGUGCCUCUAAACAUUCCCCUACACCCCUUUAGAGGCACGUGCCUCAGUCUGGGGACCUCUGCAGUAGAUGACUCAUCUAUAAGUAGUAUCCAGAGUUUUCCUAGAGUCAUCAAAUUUAAGUCCAGAAGGAACCACCAGGUCAUCUAUUCUGACUCCUGCGUAUCACAAGCCACCAACACACUGAACCUGACAACUGAAAUGAGACCAAGAUACUACAGCCUACAGGAGCCUAAGCUAUCGUGGCUACAUCUACACUGCAAUGCUAUUUUGGGAUACAGCAAGCCCGUUAUUUCAAAAUAUAAUGGGCUCACUAUUCUGACAUCCCUGUAAGCCUCAUUCCACGAGGAGUAAGGAACAUUUCGGAACAGCGGGUUAUUUCGAAAGUUGGCACCAAACUACAAAAUAAGCUAUUUCGAAAUAAGAUCAAAAUAAGAUACGCAAUUUGAGCCACGCAAAUUGCGUAUCUUAUUUCAAGCUACGGUGCAGUGUAGACUUACCCUAAGUGUCAUAGACACAAAGUAGGAGGGACCAAGGUGAACCAAGGUCCCUGCAAUGGCAGGGAGUUGAUUAAGUAAGAUAUACCCAGAUAUGGGGUCAGAAAGAGACCUGGUACCAGCAUUGCUGGGAGGAUCUCACUAGUAAUACGAUCGUAUGUUACUCAAGUGCUCCACAUGCAGAAAUCACUUUAUGCCACUGCCUCUGAGGUGGAACACAGCAGGGCUACGUCUACACUGGCACCCUUUUCCGGAAAUGCUUAAAAUGGAACAGUUUUCUGUUAUAAGUAUUUCCGGAAAAAGCGCAUCUACAUUGGCGGGAUGCUUU